GAGCCCCGGGAUGGCCGGCCCCGGGGCGCGCCGCCUCCUGGGGUGCCUGCUGCUCGGCGGCCUCCUCGCCGGAGCCCAGAUGGAUUCCGGUGGCACCGUUACUAUGGAGGAGCAGAUUGUCCUCGUGCUGAGAGCUAAAGCAGAGUGUGAACUCAACAUCACAGCUCAGCUCCAGGAAGGAGAGGGAAAUUGUUUUCCAGAAUGGGAUGGACUCAUUUGUUGGCCCAGAGGAACAGUGGGGAAAAUAUUGGCUGUCCCCUGCCCUCCUUAUAUUUAUGACUUCAAUCAUAAAGGAGUGGCUCUGCGACGCUGUGGCCCCAAUGGAACGUGGGAUUUUGUACACAGUUUAAACAAAACCUGGGCGAAUUAUUCAGAUUGCCUUCGCUUCCUUCAGCCAGAUGUCAGCCUAGGGAAGCAAGAAUUCUUUGAACGCCUGUAUGUCAUGUACACUGUGGGAUACUCCAUCUCCUUCGGCUCCCUGGUUGUGGCUAUUCUCAUUAUUGGUUACUUCAGGCGAUUGCACUGCACUAGGAACUAUAUCCACCUGCACUUAUUUGCAUCUUUCAUGCUGAGAGCUGCAAGCAUCUUCAUCAAGGACAGAGUGGUCCAUGCUCACAUGGGGGUCAAGGAGCUGCAGUCGCUGAUGAUGCAGGAUGACCUCCAGAAUUUCAUGGCUGCGCCUUCCAUGGGCAAAUCACAAUAUAUUGGGUGCAAGAUUGCUGUUGUGCUGUUUAUUUACUUCUUGGCUACAAACUACUAUUGGAUCUUGGUGGAAGGUCUCUACCUGCACAGUCUAAUCUUUGUGGCUUUCUUUUCCGACACCAAAUACCUAUGGGGCUUCACCUUGAUAGGCUGGGGGUUCCCUGCAGUGUUUGUUGCAGGCUGGGCUGUGGCAAGAGCAACCAUGGCUGAUGCAAGGUGCUGGGAACUGAGUGCUGGAGACAUGAAGUGGAUUUACCAAGCCCCUAUCUUAGCAGCCAUCGGACUGAAUUUUAUUCUGUUUCUGAAUACGGUCAGAGUUCUGGCUACCAAAAUUCGGGAGACCAAUGCAGUUGGGCAUGACACAAGAAAGCAAUACAGGAAACUCGCCAAAUCCACGCUGGUGCUGGUGCUGGUCUUCGGGGUGCAUUACAUCGUGUUCGUGUGCCUGCCCCACUCCUUCUCGGGGCUCGGGUGGGAGAUCCGGAUGCACUGCGAGCUCUUCUUCAACUCCUUCCAGGGCUUCUUCGUGUCCAUCAUCUACUGCUACUGCAAUGGCGAGGUGCAGUCUGAGGUGAAGAAGAUGUGGAGCCGGUGGAAUCUCUCCAUCGACUGGAAACGGACGCCCCCUUGCGGCGGCCACAGGUACGGCUCCGUGCUCACCACCAUGACGCCCAGCACCAGCAGCCACUCGCAGAUGGCGGCCAGCACUCGCAUGGUCCUCCUCUCGGGCAAAGCCACCAAGAGGGCCGGCCAGCAGCCCGACAGCCACGUGACUUUACCCGGCUAUGUCCGCAGUAACUCAGAGCAGGACUGCCAGCAACAACACUUGACGCAUGAAGAGACCAAGGAAGGUAAUGGGAGGCAGGGAGAGGAGACUCCAGUGGAGGUGUCUUCCAGGCCAGUGGAAGGUACCCCAGACCCUGAAGGAAUCAAAGGAGAACUGGAGGAUGUUCUCUGAAUCAACAUCGAUGGCUUGCAAGAGCUGGUCCAUCUGGUUGCCCAAGAGCUGAUGCUCCGAGAGCUUGGCCUUCAUCCCUCUGCUUGAGCCUCAGAGCUGAACAUUCAUGCUUAGAGUGUUACUUGACAAAAAUGGUCAGGCUCCAUGAAUUGGCUCCUCUACAUACUAAAGACACAAGAAAGGAGAAGUGUCAUUGAUGUGGUGUAUGACCUUGUUUUGACAUCAGAUUCUCUUCUAAAUGGACCGGUGAUACUUGCUGUCAUUGUUCUUCUAUCUGCUACUUUUGGGUAGAAAACGUUUUAAUUGCUUGCCUUUCGUUUGCUCUUACUAAUACCACUCUAAGAAUGAUAGAGAUCAUUUAGUAUGUGUCAUUUCUGUUUAGGAAAUCAACACCCUCCUUUUCUCUUUCUCCCCUGAAUGUAUUUCUAUCUCGGCCUUCUUUUUAUCUCUGUGUUAGGAGCAGUUAGGAUCUGAAAAUGUCUGUUGAAAGAUUAACAAUCUAAGAACAAAGUACACUCUGGAAAGUAAGUUAGCUGCUCUUUGAUAAGAUGAUACGUUGAUGACAGUUAAACUUUCUGGGAAGAAAGUAAAUGACUUAAAAAAAAAAAAGAAAGAAUAUUGCACAUGUUCCUCCUUCUGAAUGCCCUGCUCUGUGACCAGCCAGUUCUCAGGUCUUCACUCCUUGGUAAACCUUGACCUGCCACAAGGUUUCCUAUCGAUGAGCUUGUGUCUGAAAACUACUUUUUGUUUGUAAUCAUUUAUUUCUAUUGAUGGGGAAUCACACUGCGCCUGUGCUUUUAUCUCUCUUUGUUCUAUUCCUAUCUUCUAAAUGGCAUGUGGGGUAAAUUAAAAGUUUGUUGUAAAAA